GGAACACAAGCCAUAUUUCACUGACCGUCACGAGCCGCAUUCAUUAUUAUAAGAGGAUCCGUCAAAUGAUAAAGAUCCUUUAAAGGUGCAAAGAUGCGGAUUGCUGUGGUGGUGUGCGUUAUUUUUGCAGUAGCUUUAGCUGUGGACGCAGCCGUGUAUUUUAAAGAGCAAUUUCUGGAUGGAGAUGGUUGGAAAAGUCGAUGGGAAGAGUCCAAACACAAAUCUGACUACGGCCAGUGGAAACUGACCUCAGGGAAAUUCUUCGGUGAUGCUGAGCUUGAUAAAGGUUUGCAAACAAGUCAGGACGCCCGUUUUUACGCCCUGUCCAGCCGCUUCGAUUCGUUCAGUAAUGAGGGUAAAACUCUAGUGGUCCAGUUCACGGUGAAACACGAACAGAAAAUCGAUUGCGGGGGUGGGUAUGUGAAGAUCUUUCCUGCUGACUUGGAUCAGGCCAAAUUGCAUGGCGAAUCCCAAUACUACAUCAUGUUCGGACCCGACAUCUGUGGCUACAGCACCAAGAAAGUUCACGUUAUCUUCAACUACAAAGGCCAGAACCACCUAAUCAAGAAAGACAUCAAAUGCAAAGAUGACGAGCUAACACACCUGUACACACUGAUCCUGCGGCCUGAUCAGACAUACGAAGUCAAAAUCGACAAUGAGAAAGUGGAGUCGGGCUCCCUGGAGGAAGACUGGGACUUCCUGCCUGCUAAAAAGAUCAAGGAUCCUGAAGCCAAGAAGCCAGACGACUGGGACGAUCGCGCAACAAUCGACGACCCUGAAGACACAAAACCAGAGGACUGGGAUAAACCCGAGAAUAUUCCCGACCCUGAUGCUAAGAAACCAGACGACUGGGAUGAAGACAUGGAUGGAGAAUGGGAACCUGCAAUGAUACCAAACCCAGAGUACAAGGGCGAGUGGAAACCAAAACAAAUUGACAAUCCAAACUACAAAGGCACCUGGGUUCAUCCCGAGAUUGACAACCCUGAAUACACACCAGACGACUCCAUUUAUAAAUUUGACAGCAUUGGCAUUCUGGGAUUGGAUCUGUGGCAGGUGAAAUCUGGCACUAUCUUCGAUAACUUCCUGAUCACUGAUGAUGUUCAGGAGGCUGAGAAUUUUGGUACUGAAACUUGGGGAGCAACAAAGGGUCCAGAAAAGAAAAUGAAGGACCAACAGGAAGAGGAAGAAAGGAAAAAGAGGGAGGAAGAAGAAAAGAGCAAGAAAGAUGAUAAUGAGGAAGAGGAAGAUGACGAGGAAGAUGGGUCAGAGGAGGAAGAGCACACAGAAGAGCCCUCUGAAGAGGAAGAGGAGGGGGAGGAAGAUAUACCCACUAAAGACGAGUUGUGAAGAUUUAAUCCAAAAUAUCUUGUUUCAAGAUCAGUUGUUUCUCGUGUCUUUUUUUUAAUUUUUUAUGUGGUGUGAAUUUUGGUCCCGCCCCCUUUCAAGUCACCUGUCAUAUCAUAUGUGCCCCUUUGAGAUUAAUCUUUUUUUGGUUUUGCUGCUACAUGCUCCCCAACACAUUGUCAGUACGACCUGAUAAACUUUAGACUAAUAAAUGUUUGGGUUAUCUGUUCCGUCUCGAGUUGCUCUAGGGGAAAAAUCUAAUGUAUCAUUUGUUGGAUUUGCACUUAUUUCUUUCUUUUUUUUUUUCUUUUUUUUUUUUUUAAAUAAAUGAUAUAUUUUUA